UUGGUCCCGGGAAACGAGGCUCGAAUUUUCUCCGCGGGUCGCUCGGCUCACGUUCGGCUGGUGGGGAAGGUGCUUUCGGACACAGUCGAUUAGGUACCCUUUUCCACAGCGUACGAGGUUUGCGCUCCGAGGUCGUGGGGACCCGGCCGGGCGCGCACAACCCUGCUGGCUUCUAUCCCUCUUGGUCUCACAGCCGUCAUCGUGGUCUCACAGCCGUCAUCGUUGUCUCACUUCACCGCCUCCCUGUACGUCCACCUCUCCUUCCAUGGGUCUUUCUUGGAGCACUGGCACCUGGAGCCACCUAUAGAUUGAGGUGUAUAUGGCAGUCUCACGCUCGCUGUAAUUGCCGACGAAAGGAGCAGGGCCAAGGCCUCAGGCCCAAGAAAGUUGAGCAAGACCUGGCAGUCCUGCCCCAGAGGUGCUCGCUAAGUGCUUGCAGAGAGAAUGAAUGAAUGGAUGGAUGGAGGAAGAGACAGAAGCACCAAGGAUAACUUCCAGCGUUUCAGCGUGGGAACAAGAAGUUGGCUGAUCUGAAGAAGCCUGGCAGAUGAGCAAUUCCAGCUCCUCCUUUUGUAGAAGAGUCUCCUGAAGCCCAGAGAGGAAGAGUGCUUUGUUGAAGGUCACCCAGCAUAUAUCCGGCCUGCUUCAUACUAAGCAGAACGACCUCACUUCUCUCCCUCCCUCAGCCAUGAUGGGAGGGAAACAUGGCAUCGCCCUGGAUCCUCCUCCGAAGACUCUGGCUCUUUUGCUGCUGAAAUCAGAAAGCUGAGCAAGUGGAGACUGGCGAGCAAAGGGCCUGCACAUCUGCGAAACGAGCCACCCCUCUCAGAGGAGCCGGUGCCACUUGAUCAAUUAACCCCACGCCCUUGUCUUCCAUCUGUGCUUGGAUCGAGAUGUGCGACUCUGCUGUGAGCGCAGAAGGUAAUAUCCAUCCUUCGAAUGGGCUGCUUGUGCGUGGGUGGCUGUUCCUUUGAUGACCACUACAGCAACUGUGGUUACAGCGUGGCCCUGGGGACCAAUGGGUUUACCUGGGAGCAGAUUAACACGUGGGAGAAACCAAUGUUGGACCCAGCGGUGCCUACAGGAUCCUUCAUGAUGGUGAACAGCUCUGGGAGGGCCUCUGGCCAGAAGGCACACCUUCUCCUGCCGACCCUGAAGGAGAAUGACACCCACUGCAUCGAUUUCCAUUACUACUUCUCCAGCCGCGACAGGUCCAGCCCGGGGGCCUUGAAUGUCUAUGUGAAGGUGAACGGUGGGCCCCAGGGGAACCCUGUCUGGAACGUGUCUGGGGUCGUCACUGAGGGCUGGGUGAAGACAGAGCUUGCCAUCAGCACCUUCUGGCCACAUUUCUACCAGGUGAUAUUUGAAUCCGUCUCUCUGAAGGGUCAUCCUGGCUACAUCGCUGUGGACGAGGUCCGGGUCCUUGCCCAUCCAUGCAGAAAAGCACCUCAUUUUCUGCGGCUCCAAAAUGUCGAGGUGAACGUGGGGCAGAAUGCCACCUUUCAGUGCAUUGCUGGUGGAAAGUGGUCUCAGCAUGACAAACUUUGGCUCCAGCAAUGGAAUGGCAGGGACACGGCCCUCAUGGUCACCCGCGUGGUCAACCACAGGCGCUUCUCGGCGACAGUCAGUGUGGCGGACACUACCCAGCGGAGUGUGAGCAAGUACCGCUGUGUGAUCCGCUCUGACGGUGGCUCUGGUGUGUCCAACUACGCUGAGCUGAUUGUGAAAGAGCCUCCCACACCCAUCGCCCCGCCAGAGCUGCUGGCCGUGGGGGCCACAUACCUGUGGAUCAAGCCGAACGCCAACUCCAUCAUUGGAGACGGCCCCAUCAUCCUGAAGGAGGUGGAGUACCGUACCACCACCGGCACCUGGGCAGAGACGCACAUCGUCGAUUCUCCCAACUAUAAGCUGUGGCACCUGGACCCCGAUGUGGAGUAUGAGAUCCGGGUGCUGCUCACGCGACCAGGGGAAGGGGGCACGGGACCGCCAGGGCCUCCCCUCACCACCAGAACCAAGUGUGCAGACCCGGUGCACGGCCCGCAAAACGUGGAGAUCGUGGACAUCCGAGCCCGGCAGCUGACGCUGCAGUGGGAGCCCUUCGGCUACGCGGUGACCCGCUGCCACAGCUACAACCUCACGGUGCAGUACCAGUACGUGUUCAACCAGCAGCAGUACGAGGCCGAAGAGCUCAUUCAGACCUCCUCCCACUACACCCUGCGGGGCCUGCGCCCCUUCAUGACCAUCCGGCUGCGGCUGCUGCUGUCCAACCCCGAGGGCCGGAUGGAGAGUGAGCAGCUGGUGGUGCAGACGGAGGAGGAUGUUCCAGGAGCUGUUCCUCUAGAGUCCAUCCAAGGGGGUCCCUUUGAGGAGAAGAUCUACAUCCAGUGGAAACCUCCCAAUGAGACCAACGGGGUCAUCACACUCUACGAGAUCAACUACAAGGCCGUGGGCUCAUUGGACCCGAGUGCCGACCUCUCCAGCCAGAGGGGCAAAGUGUUCAAGCUUCGGAAUGAAACCCACCACCUCUUUGUGGGUCUGUACCCCGGGACCACCUACUCCUUCACCAUCAAGGCCAGCACAGCAAAGGGCUUUGGGCCCCCUGUUACCACCAGGAUCGCCACCAAAAUUUCAGCUCCAUCGAUGCCUGAAUAUGACACAGACACCCCACUGAAUGAAACAGACACGACCAUCACAGUGAUGCUGAAGCCCGCUCAGUCUCGGGGAGCCCCUGUCAGUGUUUAUCAGCUGGUUGUCAAGGAGGAGCGACUUCAGAAGUCACGGAGGGCAGCUGACAUCAUUGAGUGCUUUUCGGUGCCGGUGAGCUAUAAGAAUGCCUCCAGCCUCGAUUCUCUACACUACUUUGCUGCUGAAUUGAAGCCUGCCAACCUGCCUGUCACCCAGCCAUUUACAGUGGGCGACAACAAGACAUACAAUGGCUACUGGAACCCACCUCUUUCCCCUCUGAAAAGCUACAGCAUCUACUUCCAGGCACUCAGCAAAGCAAAUGGAGAGACCAAAAUCAACUGUGUUCGUCUGGCUACGAAAGGUGCCUCCACUCAGAAUUCCAACACCGUGGAGCCGGAGAAGCAGGUGGACAAUACUGUGAAGAUGGCCGGCGUGGUCGCCGGCCUCCUCAUGUUCAUCAUCAUUCUCCUGGGCGUGAUGCUCACCAUCAAGAGACGAAGAAAUGCUUAUUCCUACUCCUAUUACUUGAAGCUGGCCAAGAAGCAGAAGGAGACACAGAGUGGAGCGCAGAGGGAGAUGGGGCCCGUGGCCUCGGCCGACAAACCCACCACCAAGCUCAGCACCAGCCGCAACGACGAAGGCUUCUCCUCUAGCUCACAGGACGUUAAUGGAUUCACAGAUGGCAGCCGUGGGGAGUUGUCCCAGCCCACCCUCACGAUCCAGACUCACCCCUACCGGGCCUGCGACCCCGUGGAGAUGAGCUAUCCCCGGGACCAGUUCCAGCCCGCCAUCCGGGUGGCUGACCUGCUCCAGCACAUCACUCAGAUGAAGAGAGGCCAGGGCUACGGGUUCAAGGAGGAAUAUGAGGCCUUACCGGAGGGGCAGACAGCCUCGUGGGAUACAGCCAAAGAGGAUGAAAACCGCAACAAGAAUCGAUACGGCAACAUCAUAUCCUAUGACCAUUCUCGAGUGAGGCUGCUGGUGCUGGAUGGAGACCCACACUCCGACUACAUCAACGCCAACUACAUUGAUGGGUACCAUCGACCCCGGCACUACAUUGCUACUCAAGGUCCCAUGCAGGAGACCGUAAAGGACUUCUGGAGAAUGAUCUGGCAGGAGAACUCGGCCAGCAUCGUCAUGGUCACAAACCUCGUGGAAGUGGGCAGGCACCCAGCGGGACACACUGUGGGAAAUGCCACCCUAAGCCGCUCGGCGUCCCCCGGAAUGGUGAAGUGUGUGCGAUACUGGCCGGAUGACAUGGAGGUCUACGGAGACAUUAAAGUCACCCUGAUCGAAACAGAGCCCCUGGCAGAGUAUAUCAUCCGCACCUUCACGGUCCAGAAGAAAGGCUACCAUGAGAUCCGGGAGCUCCGCCUCUUCCACUUCACCAGCUGGCCCGACCACGGCGUCCCCUGCUAUGCCACCGGCCUCCUCGGCUUUGUCCGCCAGGUCAAGUUCCUCAAUCCACCGGAAGCUGGGCCCAUAGUGGUCCACUGCAGUGCUGGUGCCGGGAGGACUGGCUGCUUCAUCGCCAUCGACACCAUGCUUGACAUGGCCGAGAACGAAGGGGUGGUGGACAUCUUCAACUGCGUGCGUGAGCUCCGGGCCCAGAGGGUCAACCUGGUACAGACGGAGGAGCAGUAUGUGUUUGUGCACGACGCCAUCCUGGAAGCGUGUCUCUGCGGCAACACGGCCAUCCCGGUAUGCGAGUUCCGCUCUCUCUACUACAAUAUCAGCAGGCUGGACCCCCAGACCAACUCCAGCCAAAUCAAAGACGAAUUUCAGACCCUCAACAUCGUGACUCCUCGCGUCCGGCCCGAGGACUGCAGCAUCGGUCUCCUGCCCCGGAACCAUGAUAAGAAUCGGAGCAUGGAUGUCCUGCCUCUGGACCGCUGCCUGCCCUUCCUCAUCUCGGUGGAUGGAGAAUCCAGCAACUACAUCAAUGCGGCACUGAUGGAUAGCCACAAGCAGCCUGCCGCGUUCGUGGUCACACAACAUCCUCUACCCAACACCGUGGCGGACUUCUGGAGGCUGGUGUUCGAUUAUAACUGCUCCUCUGUGGUGAUGCUGAAUGAGCUGGACACUGCCCAGCUCUGUAUGCAGUACUGGCCUGAGAAGACCUCGGGGUGCUACGGGCCCAUCCAGGUGGAAUUCGUCUCCGCAGACAUCGAUGAGGACAUCAUCCACAGAAUAUUCCGCAUCUGUAACAUGGCUCGGCCACAGGAUGGAUAUCGUAUAGUCCAGCACCUCCAGUACAUUGGCUGGCCUGCCUACCGGGACACACCCCCCUCCAAGCGCUCUCUGCUCAAAGUGGUCCGACGGCUGGAGAAGUGGCAGGAGCAGUACGAUGGGAGGGAGGGACGCACUGUGGUCCACUGCCUAAAUGGGGGAGGCCGCAGCGGAACCUUCUGUGCUGUCUGCAGCGUGUGUGAGAUGAUCCAGCAGCAAAACAUCAUCGAUGUGUUCCACAUCGUGAAAACAUUACGUAACAACAAGUCCAACAUGGUGGAGACCCUGGAACAGUAUAAAUUUGUAUACGAGGUGGCACUGGAAUAUUUAAGCUCCUUUUAGCCCAAUGGCAUGGAGAACCUGCCAGAGUCCAGAGGCUGCUGCAGCCAAGCCCCCUUUUCUGUGAAUGGCAGCGACUGGGCUCAGGGGCUAAGCGGUGGCACCCUGCCCAACUCCAAGGAGAAGACUGGUGGUCCUGUGGUCCACGGUGGGCUCUGUACCUUCAGAGGAGUCUCCAGUUGCUGUGGAGGACGCCGCCCUGAAAGGCCCAGGCUUCUUUUCCAGCCUCAGGCACGGGCCCAUACAGAAGUGCACCUGUAUAGCAAGGCCCGGAUUUUUCAGUGCCCAGACCUCUUCCUUUUGCUCUUUUCAGGUUUGUGAAUCUCGAGGCAAGCUGACUGUGUGGGUACAGGGGAGUGACAGGCCUGGCAGCACGUCCUCUGCCCUGCGUCCUCUGGGCAGUGGGGGGAUGUGUGCUUUCCUCCUCCACGGGGUCGUGAAUAUGACCGGGCUCUGCUGCCGUCUCCUUCAGGGACCUCUGGAUCACUGGGACUUCAGGAUGCUCCCGAGACCACAGCAGAGGCCCCCAUCCUCCCAACUAACCUGCAUGGGGCUUGACCCACCACCAUUGUGUACUCGUCCCCCAGCCCAGGCCCUGACCUUCUGUCAUUCACUGGCCAGUCCGCUGUGUCCGCGGCAGUCCUGGACAAAGGUCUGCUUUGCGUUUUUGUGGUCAGUGGGGUGGGGCAGAACUGCAGGGGACUUUGCUGCUGCUCCUUGUGUCUGUGAAGAAGGACUGCCUCCCUGGGGCACGGCUCUGGCUGACCCUGUGUGUCUUGGGCGGUGGCUCCUUUGGGAGGGAUGAACAAGUUAAGAUUUGAUGAUUUUCCAAAGUGUACGUGUAAAGAAACUUUCUUUUGGAGGGUGUAAGAUCUUUCUUAGUCUCAUAUCAAAAAAAGGUGGGAGGGACGUUUGGUUGUGUAGCUAUAAGACAAAUCUCUGGGGCCUGUUAUCAUCUCUCCUGGAAAUGUCCUCAAAAGGUCCCAGCCAGGGACAGCACAGCCACUGAGCAAGGGAGAGAUAGUCUGAAGACAGUCCCUUUUGGCCUUUGGGGCAGAUAGAGUACCAGCAUAACCUCGGAUCUCCAAAUUUGAACACCUUCCUAGAGAAACUCAGCUGCCAUCUCAGAAAAUGCACCCAGCUAUACUUCGGUUUAAAAUAGGACAAGGGGAUCAGACCUGGGGAGUCUAGACUCUUGCCCAAAGUAUGGGUCAGUCAGUGACAGAGGCGCCAGCAUUGGCUAAGUACUUCUUAUAUGCCAGGCUUGGCAAGUUCUUAGAACCCACCCCCGCCCUCCCUGAGAGAGCUAUUCACCUGUUAUCAUCCUUAUUUUACAACCGAAGACACUGAGGCGUCUUCCGCAGUCAUGAUAUUCUGGUUUCCAAAAGGCAGGUAAUAGUGAUGAGACUUAUUUGUAAUGUUUUCUUCAUCCUUUCUCAGCCAAGCAAUUACUAUAUGGACGGAAAAUAAGGCCAGAAAUUUCUGAGCAGAGAACUCCACAAAUGGGAAUUUAAUUCUUUCUUUCCUAUGCCAAUUUUUCUGAGAAGCUCAGAAUUUCAGAUAUAGUUUAGCAACUCAUUCCCAGCUCCCCAGGAAAGCUAGUCCCAUCUCCUUUCUUAGCCAGUGAAAACAAUUCCCUGUGCCCUCAGGCGGUGAGGUCUGCCAGCCAGGGACACUCUACCUUGGUCUCUAGCUGGUGCUUUGGUACAGUACCUGGCAGCCCCCGGGUGGCCUGGGAUCCAGGAAGCUUCAUCUUGAAGGCUGGUCUAGCUCCAGAGCGGCCAUGAGAAGCACAGAAUUCAAUAAGGCACAGUGUUCUCCCUAAAGAACUUACUGUAUCCUGGGAAAACUGAACCACAGCGCAGCUGACAAGUGUUACACGAGCCUCACAGCAAGAGAGAUUCAGCGUAGAGCUUUCUAGAGGAGGUGACAUCCAUUCCACUGGGUAGAAAAAGGAAGAAAAGGAAACUCAGGCCAAGGGAUCAGCAUGUGCAAAGACAAAGAGGUGUGCAAAAUCCUUGGCGGGGGUGGGGGUGGGUGGUUGCGGUGAGAUGGCAGGAGAUCAGCUCAACGGGAGCAGAACAUGGCAGGAGGUGAGCCAGGGUCAGGGGGCAGAUGCUCCACCAGCAGGGCAGACUUGGCCCCUGUGGGCAAGAAGGACGCAGUGGGGCUUUGAGUGAUGUGCUCAGCUCAGUGCUAGAGGAGGCUCCCUCUGGGGCCAGUGGGGCUGCCUCUUUCCUUUCAUCAGACACUGUGAAAAUGGUCCCUUAAGCGUAUACUUUUUAAUAUCACAUCUAUUUGUCUGUCUGCUCAUUGUUUUGUUGCUGGAUCAGGAGACGCAGCUUCUGUGAGAAACUCAGGGUCUCUGCUCUGCCACGAAGCAGGGUGACCAAGCCAGACCCCUGGGCCCAUGAGGACGGGACAUGGAAGGAGCCCACAGAAGCUGUUCCCGUCAGCAUGGGCUCUGGAACUGUCUGGAAGUCCAGGGACACCAGACUCGAUCAAGGAAGGGCUGUCACUUUGGAGGUUCAAGAGGAAGCAUCUCAAAGCAAAGGAAGGCGGAGGAGCCCCACCACAGACUUGCUCUUCCCCUUUCAUGGUCCCUUUUCCUGGUCCCCAGGCCCUGGCCCCCUGCUGGCCUCCCCUGGCUCUAGUCUUGGCCUUCAAGGAGCGUGUGACAUAGCAGAUCAGCCAGCUAGCUAUAUGCUCCUCUCUCAGAUCUGGGCUCAUCCGUACAGAAUGGGGGCUGGGAGAGGGUUGUGCUCUCUAACAAACACAAAGAAACCCUAGGAUUUACUCUGCUCAGGAGGGGGCAAGAUAGCUGGCAGAUGAAAAUGACAGUGGUUUCUAUCAUUUCAGAUGGUAGGAAUUUAGAAUGUGACUUUGGGGAGAAGGAAUUUAGAAUGAAAACUCAGGCCAUGCUGGGUAACCCAACAAGGGCCAGUGAUGGUUCCCCCAGCUCAGCACCACCGGCCCCCGUCAUUUUCUCACAACCCAACCACCCUCCAGAGGAUGCAGGGCAGUGAACAGUCUUCAGCCAGUUUACACUGGAAGACACUGAGGCUCGCGGAUGGGGAUGCUUUCCCCAAGAUCCCACGUGGCAAGAAUGUGGGAGGACAUAGAUGAGACGGGGCGCUGGUGCCCGGGAAUUUGGACUCGAUCCCAGGAAAGCUCAUGGGCAAACAGCACCUCCCCCGGGAUACUCUACACACAGGGCAGGCUCACCGUUCAUGAUGCAGAGGGAAGUGGAACUCAUGGUCUCUGGGUCUCCAUGACAGGGGCCAGCCUCCUGUCUCUGGGCUGCCCAAGAGAGUCCCCUCACUUAGCACGAAGCCUCAUGGCUCUCACCUCCUAGAUGUGGACCCUGUUUGGAGAAGAUGCAAGGAAUUAACGAGAAGCCAGGUACUGUCCCCACCUGACUGCAUUUCUGGCCUAGACAUCUUCGGGAUGUAUCCUAGCUGCAUCCUAACACGUUGUUCUCUCCUCCUUUCUGGUACGAAGGUCCUGGGGCCAGGGGGCUCUGAGCCUCUAGAUGGCUACAGCAUGCCUCCCUUUGUGGGAGCAGAAGGGAUCAGCUUGCUUUUACACUGUCUCUCUGGAUGUAGCCCGGGCAGUGGCCUGCCUGCCAGAUGUCAGCCUUCCCGUGCAACCAGCAGACCCUGUGCUGGAGACUCUAAAUGUGAGCUCACCGAAUUCUUCCAGCAUUCCUAAGAAGUGCUUCUAAUUGUCACCAUUUUAUAGACGAGGAGACUGAGGUUCAGAGGGGUGAAAUCGUUUGCCCACAGUUCCACCACAGCUAGUAAAGGAGGGAGCCAGGAUUUAAACUGGUUCUUUUGACUUCAAAGACAAUAUUUUCCCAUGUCUCAGAUUUUCCCAUGGGGGGGGGCUACCUGUAACAGCAAAGACUAGAGUGAAACAGGCCCAAUGGAUCUUGUAAAGCCCAAAGCAGACAAUGGUCAGCUUAAAAUUCCUUCAGUUUCAUGUCUAGCAAUUCACAUAAUAUUUGCAUUCUUCUCUAAUUUAGCCUGAUUUGUUUUCAUAGAAGUGCAUAAAUAUUUUUUUAACCACGUGUGCCCUGGUCCCUCAUGUGGCUUUGAUCCCUUCAACUCACUAUGAUGGACCCUAGGGAAUUCCAGCCUAGUCUAAGAGGCACAAUGCCUGGCCAUGCUGCCUCCUCCUGAGGCCAAUUCUAGACUCAAGUGCAGCUCACCUUCCCCUUAGCAGAUCCUAUGGUAUGGGGGUACCCUGACCUCACUGUUCAUGGGUUGAUCUCAACUCAAGUCUUCUUAAGUUGGAUACUGGAAAAAAGCCAUUGAAAUCUACUAGAAUUACAAGGACAUGCCCAUCUGGAGUGGCGACGGCUGAGCGCAUAAAACCCUAAAGGGAAAGGAGGUGAUGAACACAGCCUUACUCAGCAGAUUCCUGAAUGCUGGGGCCUCUAAAAGGUGGUGCCCUUAGUCUAGGUAGGGUCAUAUGGUUGCUAAUGUGGGCCAAUCUGAGGGCACACUUCACAUGAGGGGCUGGGGGCUGGAAGCCUCGUCACUUUACUUCAACCCCACAUACUCACUGGGUUCUUACAACAUGCAGGGCCCUGGAGGGGCUGCCAUCAGGAAGCUCAGUUUACUAUGGCACAGUCCAUCCCUUGGUGAGACAUGGGGUUGUGAUAGGAAGGACCCAGUCUCUGGUUCUAAUCCAACCCAGCCAUUUCUUGGCUGUAGAAUGUUGGGCCAACCAACCAAUUAGUGGGAAAAGAUGUAGAAAGAGGAGCCUCGGCCAGGUAGAAGGGGUAAGUAGAUUGGGAGAGCUUUGGGUAGGAAAACAGGAAGGCAAAGCCAAGAAGUUAGGACCCGACGGGACUCCUCAGAACCAAGGUUGCAUAUGGUCUACUGGGCAAAGUGGUCACUUCUGUGACACAGUAGGAUGGGGGACGGAGAGGGACUGGCCAGAACCACUUGGAACAAAGGUGUUGCUUUAGAAUGUGUCUCAGUAUCUUGGAGAAAAGAUGAUAAUCUUUCCCUCUGACCAAUCACGUUUAUCCAUCAUUGGUUCCCCGUUGGUAAGCUAGCUCCUGGUGUGUCGCCUCACCAUGAUCCACAUUUCCUCAAUUCUGGUGUGAAUCCCUGGUGUGUGUCCUCACUGCGAUCCACACAGUUGUGGUGUGAACCCCUGUUGUGUGCACAGAGGUGUUCAGUCUAGCAAGGAUGCUGCAGAGAGAAGUGAGGCCCAGGGAGGAGCAAAAAGAGGCUCAUCAUGUCAUCUUUGCAGGAGUAACUGCCCAGCCCAGAUCCAGGGACACUGAAGGAGAGGGCAGCUCCCCUGUACCUCACAGGGGAUGAAGAAAACCCCCUUCACUUAGCCUGCAUCUGGCCUCUCCUGGGCUGGACAGAGAGGCCAUCAGCACCAAGUUGAGUCAGGAGUAAUGCCAUGGAAAACACGGGUGAGCCUGUCGGUAAGAUGACCACGAUGCUAAUUCUAAACCAUAAGGCCAACACAUUGUGCUGGGCCGGGAUCCCGGGGGACAGCUGGUCAACCCAAGCUGCAGGGCAGAAGAUGAGACAUGAGUCACAUGGUGGCCGUGCAUCUCCAAGCCCUGACAUGCCUUCCCCGUCAUCUAACUAGUCUGAGCUCCUUCUCAGCCCACGAUGCCAGCUCCAAAUCACAGCCAAAUAAAACAGGGACAUAAGUAAUAUGAAUCCAGCAUAGGGGGAACCAGCUGAGGCUCAGCCUUGUUCCUAUAUCCCCAUGCAAGGGUUCCGUGUUGGAGGUUUUCAACAGAGACGUGCCUAGCAGUGAUAAAAUGCAAGGCCUUGGCUUCCAUCUAUCCAGGAUCUGCCUUUGAGGUCAUACACUGUCUGAACAGCAAGGAGAGAAGUCAGUGGCAGACAGUGGAGGAGGCUCCAGUUUUUCAGAGUCAUGGGUAUGAUCCUCAGAAGCACAGAGAGAUGUCUAAGCCAUACUUAUGCACAUGAACAGACUCUCUUCUGGUUUACUGGUAACCAGACAUAGACUUUUGCGUCACACUGGCUGGCUGUACAACGCUCUUGUAGGUACCAAGACCAUCUCUUGCAUCCCUCCUGCCUGCCUCCAGAAGAGGUGGAAAAAGGUCAUCAAAGAGGCCACAUUCACCCCCUCAAAUCCACCCAAGAAUGUUAGGUCCCCAAGAGGUGGGGUCAGCACCCAUAAUGGUAGACCCCAGGCUUAGCAUCCUGGUUAUCUAAGAGGUUGGGCUAGUCACUGCCGUUGACACAAAGAUGUAGGACUCAGCAUGGGCAUACUGUAGAGUAAAGCUGCUGGGGCAGGGUUACCAUGGAGUUUCCGUAGGUGUCUGAGAGCUGCUCUGAGCAGUGGGAUUUGGACCCUGAUCCCUGGUUGAAAUGUUCAGAGAGUUAGGGUCUGCGGUCCUUAGAGUAUUGGUCAGGAAGGUAUUGGUAUGAAAGCCUGGAGCUCAGGGUAAUUACUAUACUUUAUGGUUCCUUGGUGAGUGGGAUGCUUAGAUUUGGGGGAGGAAAGGGAUUACGAAGCAACCUGCCAAAACCGCAAAGUUGAGUUCCUGUACACAUACUUCUGUGCCUUUGGGCUUAUGAAUACAAAGCAGUGGGCCCCCUUCGAGAUGGUCCAACAAACUCUCAGUGCCCACCGUGCACCUAUCUCUCCCAUGGAAGAUUAAUGAUGUAGGCUGUUCUUUGGACCAAAGCCUCCAGGGCAGUCUGGAGGCUCAGAGGGCCAAGGGGUGACAUCCCAGGUCAGAUCAGACUUCUGAAGAGUUAGGCAGAAUACCAGUGCCCAUACCCUCCAUAGGCCUGCAGAUCGUUAGAUAAAUUCAAGCACAGUUUGCUAGUCCUGGAUCACUCCUAUGAGCGGAACGAGGACCAAUGGGUGAAACUUCAUAGCUGUAAGAGAGGACUUGCUAUCUGCCAGAGAUGAGCUUUCUGUCUCAGCAGCUCUUCAGCAAAAGCCAGGCAUCUCUUUAAAGGGAAGAAAGAGCUUUGCUGAGAUGGCCUUUAAGUUUCUUCCACCCUAGAUGAAUGAAGUAUUACGGAGCUGGGACCUUGUUUGAACGCCUUCCUUCCUGCAGAGCACAGAGCCAAGCAGGUUGGGCUUGGUUUGUGCUGGUUGAAGCCCCUACUCUCCUGCUGCCCCAGCACCACGCAGGCCAAGAUGCUGCUCUAGCCACGCAUCAAAGGCUCAUCCAGGCUGGUUAUCACCAAACAGACCAGAGAGAGCAGCUGCUUUGCCACAGAACCCAGGCCCGCCAAGAUCUGCGAUGAGACCAGUCGUAAUUUUGAUCCGCUGGCCAACAGGGCCAUCAGUGACAGCCGGAAUCAGUAAAGGUCCAAGUAGGACCCAGAGCAGGGUUUUGCUUACCAUACACAUUAACUCCAGAGGUGAACUCUACCCCUCCCCUCCCCAGUCGAGGCCUGUUAGAGCAAAUUGCAAAAGCAAAAGCACAGUGACUCAGUUGCCAUGUGAUCAUAAUCAUCCCUGGUACAUCCAUUUCACUGCCAGGUAGAUCCUGAACUAGCCCAGGCUAAUCCAGGCUAACCCAUGUUGGCAAUCAGACUCAAAAGCACUUUUCUACCUUCUCUUUCCACCCUACAUCUUACCAGCCAACGAAAGGCAAAGAGUUGGGGUUUCUACCAUUGCCUUGGCCACUGGACACCAUCAUAGCCGCAUAAGGGCCAUCACGGGGUUCCCAUCAACUCCAGGGAGACACAUUUUCACGUCCACUGGGCAUAUGAUACUGCAUGAGACCAAAGUCUCCACACUGUUAGCAGCCUCCUCCACGAGUCCCAAUGGCCUGCACUUGUACAGUUUGGGUGUUUGAUAGAUAAAGCACGUAUGAGAAGAGAAAACAAAAUAAAUCAACUUUUUAAAAAAGCCAGCACUGUGCUGUCAAUGUUCUUUUUUUUUUUUUUUUCCUUUCCAAUUCUAGCUUCAAAAAGCAGAAGGUAGAUAAUGUCAGGUCAGUGAAUAUCAGAUAUAUUUUUUGACUGUACAUUACAGUGAAGUGUAAUCUUUUUACACCUGCAAGUCCAUCUUAUUUAUUCUUGUAAAUGUUCCCCGACAAUGUUUGUAAUAUGGCUGUGUUAAAAAUCUAUACAAUAAAGCUGUGACCCUGAGA